ACCUCACAGAAAGAAGGGCUAGAGAGAGGAGCAAGAGAGACGUCAGACUGUGUGGGAUCCUGCUUCAGGAGCCGAGGCUCGUGGGCCUGAGAGAAGGGGAUCAUCAGAACAGAGAUCUCUCCAUGAUCCUUGGAGCUGAGAUCUCUGUGCCUUCUUCUCUUGGAGCCGAGAUCUGUCUGCCUUCUGGGAGCCAGCUCUGCACAUGCAGGUGCCAGGUGUGGAAUCUCUCCCCUGAGGGGAGGGCAGGGCCUUUGUAACUGCUCUGAAAACUUACCAUCUGUCACUCUGACAUCCACCCUGGGAAGAGAAGGCAAAGUCAGUGUCUCUCCCACCCUGAGGUUCUUCUCUCCCCAGCUUGGCUUGCUGAGGACCAAAGCGUAUUCCUGAGACCAAGGAGAAUGGCCCCUGGGAGCCAGAGACCCUCAUCCCAGGAGUUGGUGACCUUCAAGGAUGUGGUUGUGGACUUCACUGAGGAGGAGUGGCACCUCUUGAACCAUUCUCAAAAAGAACUGUACAAGGAGGUCAUGCUGGAGAAUAUCCAGAACCUGCUGUCCCUGGAUUUAGAAACCAGUUUCGAAGUAAAUGAGGUCACUAGCAAUCUUGGAAUUUUUCCGGCAAUACAUGACCGGCAAAGAUUUGUGAGUGAUGUUCCCUGGGACUUCAAGUUGAGAGGAAUCCAUGACUGUGAUAUCAAGUUAAAUAAAAAUGCAAAGAGUGACUGUGAAUUGGAUGAAAAUGGAAGGAGAUUCAGACUGCCUUCUAUACAAAAUCACUGUAGGAAACUGACCUCAGGGAAUGACUGUGUUCAGGAUAGUGAAUAUAGUAAAUGCUUUACUGAAGAGGUAGAGCUUUUUCAGUCCCAUGAGAAGCCUCCUGAAGUGCCAGUGUAUCCAGGUAGUCAAUGCAAAAUGGCCUGGAACUGGAGUUCAGACCUCAUGAGAUGUCAGAAAAGUGAUACUGGAGAAAUGCUUUCUGUGAGUAAUAAAGGUGGGAAGGCCUUGAGCCAGAACUCUAAGUUCAUUGCUCAUCAGCAAAUUUCCAUUAGAAAGGAGCCUGAUGAGUGUAAUGAAUGUGAAGCAAACUUAUCCAAUCAGUCAUCUCUUCCUUGCCAACCUAGAUUUCACCCUGGGAUGAAAAGAUAUUCAUGUCCUCAGUGUGAGAAGGCCUUUGGUUGGGAAUCAGAUCCUGAUAGUCCUCAAAAGAGUCAUACUAGGAAGAAGUUUUAUAAAUGUAAUAAAUGUGGAAAAACUUUCUGCCCCAGAUCACACUUUAUUAGCCAUCAGAUGAUCCACACUGGAGAAAAACCAUUUGAAUGUAAUCAGUGUGAAAAGACUUUCACACAGAGUUCCAGGCUUGCUGCAAAUCAGAGAACCCACACUGGAGAGAAUGAAUGUAAUCAAUGUGGAAAGGCUUUCAUAGACAGGUGUAAUCUUGCUGCACAUCAGAGAAUCCACACUGGAGUGAAGCCUUAUGAAUAUAAUGAAUGUGGAAGGACUUUCAGAACAAGAUACCAGGUUGCUGGACAUCAGAGAAUCCACAUUGAAGAGAAGCCUUAUGAAUGUGAUCAUUGUGGAAAGGCUUUUGCAGAAAGGGGCAGUCUUGUUAGACACCAGAGAGUCCACACUGGAGAGAAGCCUUAUGAAUGUAAUCGAUGUGGAAAGGCUUUCACACAGAAGGGCAAUCUUGUUGGACAUCAGAGAAUCCACACUGGAGAGAAGCCUUAUGAAUGUAAUCAGUGUGGAAAGGCUUUCACACAGAGGAGCCAUCUUCUUGGACAUCAGAGAGUCCACACUGGAGAGAAGCCUUAUGAAUGUAAUCAGUGUGGAAAGGCUUUCACACAUAGUAGCCACCUUGCUGCACAUCAGAGAAUCCACACUGGGGAGAAGCCUUAUGAAUGUAAUCAAUGUGGAAAGGCUUUCACACAUAGAAGCCAACUUGCCAGACAUCAGAGAAUCCACACUGGAGAGAAGCCUUAUGAAUGUAAUCAAUGUGGAAAGGCUUUUACAGAAAGGGCCAGUCUUGUUACACACCAGAGAAUCCACACUGGAGAGAAGUCUUAUGAAUGUAAUCAAUGUGGAAAGGCUUUUACAGAAAGGGGCAGUCUUGUUACACACCAGAGAAUCCACACUGGAGAGAAGCCUUAUGAAUGUAAUCAAUGUGGAAAGGCUUUCACACAGACCAGCCAUCUUGCUGCACAUCAGAGAAUACAUCCUGGAGAGAAACGUUUUGAAUGCAGUCAUUGUGGAAAGACUUUCACAAAUAGGUGUAAUUUUGCUACACAUCGGAGAAUCCACAAUAUUGAGAAGCCUUAUGAAUGUAAUCAAUGUGGAAAGGCUUUCAGGCAGAGGAGCCAUCUUGUUGGACAUCAGAGAAUCCACACUGGAGAGAGGCCUUAUGAAUGUAAUCAGUGUGGAAAGGCUUUCACACAUAGUAGUCACCUUGCUGGACAUCAGAGAAUCCACACUGGAGAGAAGCCUUAUGAAUGUAAUCAAUGUGGAAAGGCUUUCAGGCAUGGGAGCCAACUUGCUAGACAUCAGAGAAUCCACACUGGAGAGAAGCCUUAUGAAUGAAAUCAAUGUGAAAGGCUUUUACAUAUGGCAGUCUUGCUUGACAUCAGAGUCCACACUGUUGAGAAGAUUUUCACACAAACCAGCCAUCUUGCUUCACAUCAGAGAAUACAUACUAGGGAGAAAACUUGAAUGUAAUCAUUGUGGAAAGACUUUCAUAGACAGGUGUAAUCUUGCUGCACAUCAGAGAAUCCACAUUGGAGAGAAGCCUUAUGAAUGUAAUCAGUGUGACAAGGCUUUCACAAUGAGGCAGGGACUUGCUGCCCAUUAGAGAAUCCACAGUGGCAAAAAAUCUUUUGAGUAUAAUCAAUGUGGAGUGACUUUCAGAAAAAGAUGUCAGCUUGCUGGACAUCAGAGAAUCCACACUGGAGAGAAACCUUAUGAGUGUAAUCACUGUGGAAAGCCUCUUACAGACAGGGACAGUCUUGUUAUCCAUCAGAGAAUCCACACUGGCAAGUAGCCUUAUGGAUGUAAUCAAAUGUGGAAAGACUUUUAGAUGUACUUCCAAUCUUGCUUCAGAUCAGAGAAUCCACACUAGGGAGAGACCUUUUGAAUAUAAUCAAUGUGGAAAGUCUUUCACACAGAGCUGAAAUCCUAAUGUUUUUCAGCCCUCCUCAAUAUGACAUGACUUUCAUAGGCUUCAUUUUUUUAGCUAUCCCUCCAUUAGUUGGUAUUUACUUCAUUUCCUGUUGUUUGCUGGCAGAAAAAUUCCUUCUUAAAUGUUUUGGAACCUGUUGGACAUUAAUUUCUCUGUUGCUUUCUUUAAGGGGCUAGGUGGCAUGGUGAAUGAAGUGCUGUUCUUGUAACCACAAGGCCUAAAUUUUAAUUCAGUCUCUGGCACUUCCUUUUUCUAUUCACUGGGCAAUUCAUGUCACCAAAUCCUGCCUGAGUUUCCCCAUCUCUAUAAUGGGGGUAAUAAGAGCAUCUCUCUCACAGAGUUGAGGUGAGGAUUUAAUUAAACAAUAUUUGUAACCAUUUGUUAACCAUUGCAACCAUUAAAUCAGUAUAGAUUUACUGGCUAUUUUAUGACUAUUUUUCCUUGGA